AUGAACCUCGACAAGCCUCUUGAUGAGAUCAUCAAGUCGAACCCCAAGCCCCGUCGAGGAGGCCGCGGAGGAGCUCGACGCGGUAGCAGCACUCGCCGUGCCAGUGGUGCUAAGGCGGCUGCUCUUGGAAGCAACGCCGCCCAGUCUGCCGCUCAAAUUGCGGCGCAAAACCGUCAAAGGCCUCCCGUAGUCAUCCCUGGACGUACCCCCGGCGGCAACUUUCCUGGAAAGAUUAUCGUCAGCAAUCUUCCCCUCGACGUGAACGAGGCUCAGAUCAAGGACCUUUUCGCCUCCUCCAUCGGUCCUCUUCGCAAGGUCACCAUGAGCUACCGUGCCAACGGACAAUCUACGGGCACAUGCACCGUCGAAUUUCAGCGGGGCCCUGACGCCGAAAAGGCGUACAAGCAGUACAACAACCGCGUCAUUGACGGCAAGAACUCGAUGCGCGUCGAAGUCGUUGUCGACCCGUCUCGUGCUGCCGCCAUUGCUGCUGCUCAGCCGCGCGCCGCUGUUGCCGCUCCCGUUGCUGCAGCCGCAGCCGCUCGCAGGCAACGCGGUGGAGCUGCCGGUGGCCGUGGAGGCCGUGGCGCUCGUCGCGGAGGAGGUGCCGGCGGCAGUCGGGAGAAGAGGCCCAAGAAGAGCCUCGAGGAUCUCGAUGCUGAGAUGGAGGACUAUGCCACGAAGGGAACGGAUGCGGCUGCCACCUCUUGA